AUGGCAGCGCGCUCCGUGCGACUCCUCGAAGUCCUCGACAAACUCGAGCACCGGGUGGAGGCGCUGCGCGACCAGGCCUCCGCCAUGGAGCAGGAGAAGGAGGUGCUGGUGGAGCUGAUCCAAGAGGCUCGGUCCAGCCGCGACAUGUGGAGGAUCAGCGAGGGCGAGAAAGAGGAGCUCGCCGUGACAGCCGAGCGCCUGCUGUCGCGCACGCUCAGCGUGGCUGUGUCGCUGGAGACGGUGCGCAGCGCGGCGCAGCGGGAAGCGCUGCGGCGCGCCACGGCGCUCGUGGACGGCGCGGCGGAGCAGCUGCACGGCGCCGGCGCCGGCGACGACCCCGGCACCACCGCCGCCGCGGACGCCGCCGCGUGUCGCCUUCUCUCCUUCCGCAACGCCUGCUCCUCCGAGCCGUGCGCCGGCGCCGUCGACCACAAGUUCCAGGCGACCGUCAUCGGCUGCGCCCUCGAGGAUCAGAAGCGGCUGAAGCGGAGGGUGGAGAUGCUGCUGAGGGGCGCGCGACUCGCCGGCGCGAGAGCCGACGAUGACGACCGGCGUGGUGGCGGUGGCGAUGACAGACAAAGAGGAGGCGAGAGCACCGACGAUGACGACCGGCGUGGUGGCGGUGGCGGUGGCGACGACAGACAAAGAGGAGGCGAGAGCACCGACGAUGACGACCGGCGUGGUGGCGGUGGCGGUGGCGACGACAGACAAAGAGGAGGCGAGAGCGCCCCGCACGGUCGGCCCGGCAUGCGGCCUGCUUGCCAGAACGAUGAUGACGAUGGCGGCGGCAGUGGCGGCGGUGCUGGUGGUGCCUCUGCCGCGGUGACGAUACCGCUACCACCGCCGCCACCGCUGCAUCCGCCGCCCAAAUCCCGACCGCCGCAACCACCCCCACACAUUCAGAAGAAUCAGCAGCAGCAGCAGCAGCCGUGGGCUCCUCAGCCCCAGAAUUUUCUUGCCAAGAUUGUCGCCCCUUCCCCACCGUCGCCUCCUCUUCCACAUACUCCUCAAUUGCAGCAGCAGAAGUCUCCGUCCACCAGGCCGCAGAGUUUUGCGAAGCUCCAUCCUCUCCGAGUUCACCUCCCACAGCGACCUCAACCCCAACAUCAGCAGCCGAAGCAGCAGCAGGAGCAGCAGCAGGCCAAGGCCCAGACUCAAGAGGCUGACGGCCCACAAGACAUCAAGAAUCGCUCUCCACAGCCGCUGUUUGACUUCACUGCUGAACAGCCACGGCCUCCUGCGCAGGCCUUUCCGUGCCACUAUCAGGAGCACAAACCGCGGCCUCCUGAGAGUCAACACCAGCCCAGGAACCUCUCUCCGCUGGUCCACUCUCCUCAGAAACGCUUCAUUCAGCUGACUCGGAAUCACCACCAGCCCAAGCCUCAGUCUCCUCAGAAUGACCACCAGAUCUUCAGUGUCUCUCCUCAGAAACACUUCAUACAGCAGACGCAGACUCGCCCAGGGCCCAAGCCUCAGUCUCCUCAGAAUGACCAACAGAUCUUGAGUAUCUCUCCUCAGCAACACUUUAUACAGCUCACUCAGAGACACCCAGAGCCGAAGCCUCAGUCACCUCAGAAUGACCAUCAGAUCUUGAGUAUCUCUCCUCAGCAACACUUUAUACAGCUCACUCAGAGACACCCAGAGCCGAAGCCUCAGUCACCUCAGAAUGUCCAUCAGAUCUUGAGUAUCUCUCCUCAGCAACACUUUAUACAGCUAACUCAGACUCACCCAGAGCCCAAGCCUCAGUCACCUCAGAAUGACCACCAGAUCUUGAGUCUCUCUCCUCAGCAACACUUCAUACAGCUAACUAAGACUCACCCAGAGCCCAAGCCUCAGUCACUUCAGAAUGACCAUCAGAUCUUGAGUAUCUCUCCUCAGCAACACUUUAUUCAGCAGAUGCAGACUCACCCAGAGCCCAAGCCCAAGUCACCUCAGAAUGACCAUCAGAUCUUGAGUAUCUCUCCUCAGCAACGCUUUAUACAGCAGAUGCAGACUCACCCAGAGCCCACGCCUAAAUCACCUCAGAAUGACCACCAGAUCUUGAGUAUCUCUCCUCAGCAACGCUUCAUACAGCUAACUCAGACUCACCCAGAGCCCAAGCCUCAGUCACCUGAGAAUGACCACCAGAUCUUGAGUAUCUCUCCUCAGCAACGCUUUAUACAGCUCACUCAGACUCACCCAGAGCCCAAGCCUAAAUCACCUCAGAAUGACCAUCAGAUCUUGAGUUUCUCUCCUCAGCAACACUUUAUACAGCAGACGCAGACUCACCCAGAACCCAAGCCUAAAUCACCUCAGAAUGACCACCAGAUCUUGAGUAUCUCUCCUCAGCAACGCUUUAUACAGCUCACUCAGAGACACCCAGAGCCGAAGCCUCAGUCACCUCAGAAUGACCAUCAGAUCUUGAGUCUCUCUCCUCAGCACCACUUCAUACAGCUCACUCAGACUCACCCAGAGCCCAAGCCUCAAUCACCUCAGAAUGACCACCAGAUCUUGAGUCUCUCUCCUCAGCAACGCUUCAUACAGCUCACUCAGAGACACCCAGAGCCCAAGCCUCAGUCACCUCAGAAUGACCACCAGCCCAAGAUCCACUCCCCUCAGCCACAGGCCGAAGCCAAGCCCUCGUCUCCCAAGCCCCAGUGCUCUCGGGGCCCUCUGCCUCCUCGGCAGAGGAGGACCAUCAACAUCACGAUCCCGGUCGUCCACCACUGAUGGAUCCACCCUCUGCAGGCUGCCAUAACCCCCGCCCCCCCCCCCGAAGAACGACCACUUCGCAGCGACUCCCGCAGCUCACUCCGCGGGAGCGCGAUGGCAUUCUACGCCGCCGCGCAAUUGGCGAGAGUCCGCGUGACCUUCACACGCGCGGCUCACCGCCUGUUGCAUUCAAGCGGAGAGGCGAUGCACGGCGCCGAUUUGCGUCG